AGUUGGUCAGCUAGUGCUCUACGAUGGCAGCGUUCAUCGCUACGUGCUUCAUGCUCGCCUCUAUAGCGGCUACGGUCACUGGACAAUAUGACACAAGAGAGCGCCAGACCGUGGAGGUGCUGCCUGCUCAGUUUAAGACUCUACGGAACUCCAUUCUGCCCGAUCCCGCCCUGUACGAAGAAGUCAUGUUCCACGUCAUGUCCUACGUGGCUCCCACGGACUCUGCUAAUCCGCUCUGCAGCAACCACAGUAUACGCUACCAGGAGGCCUUCCUGCAGGAUCAACUCUGGGCGCUCAAGAUGAUGGACGCCUCCUCCAAGUUGGGUGACGGAAUCAUCGAAGGCAAUAUCCAGGGACUUGGCAGCUACGACGAGUGUCUCUCUGUGACAGAACCCCGAGGACAGUUCAGGGGACAACUGUGCGUCAUACAGACUCGAGGCGUGUUACCUCCUGUCGUGGCCAACCCCGCCCCAUCGCAGUAUUCUCUAAUACCCGCCCUGCCCUUGGACAUGACGAUGUCAGUGUGUGUUCCAUCCACCUGCUCUGUGGCGGACAUCAGGGCUCAUUGGCAGCAAGUCGCCUCGGAACUCAACAUCACAGUCGAUCUCAGCGACUCAGACUGUUCCACCAGGGGUGACAUCCGGCCUGGAGCUCACACAAGAACCGCUCUGUUUAUAAUGGCUGUCCUGAUUAUCCUGUUGAUUGGAAGCACUGUGUACGACUACUCCGUCAAUCAUCAACCCACUAAGGAGAGAAGGAUUCUCCUGUGUUUCUCUGUCCACCACAACCUCCAGAGGCUGCUGCAGACAGACCAGGGAACAAACAGGCUCAGUGUUCUGGACGGUAUCCGCGUCCUCGCUAUAUCCUGGAUCGUGCUGGGUCACCGCUUCGAGCAGAAUCUCCAGUUCCCCAACAUGACACUGAUUAAUUUAGAGAAGUACACAACUGCAUGGUUCAUGUCUCCUAUCCUUAACAUGAUGAUGGCUGUAGAGCUGUUCUUCCUACUCUCAGGGUGUCUCCUCUGUUACCACUUCCUUCAAGAGCGAAAGAGAGGAAAGCAAUUCAACCUGAUCCACUUCUAUUACAAAAGACAUAUCAGAUUAACCCCUGCUCUAGUCGCCGUGAUGGCGGCCGAGGCCUGUCUCCUCUAUUAUCUCUCGGAUGGUCCGCUAUGGAAGCGCCUGAUCGGCUACAGGAUGAGCUCCUGCCUCGACUACUGGUGGACCGGUCUCUUGUACAUCAGCAACUACGUCAACCCUUACCGCAUAUGUGUUCUGCAGACUUGGUAUCUAUCAGCAGAUAUGCAGCUGUACAUGCUAUCCCCACUGCUGCUGCUGCCUCUAGCUCGGUCUGCUAGCAGGGGAUUGGUGCUGCUAGGAGGCUGCUACCUGGCCACCACCGCUGCUGCCUUCGCUAACGCUUACUACCAGGCACUCCCCGCCGGGUCCACCGUUACAAUGGAGAAGAAGACUGAGCAAAACCAUGGGUUGGAAUACGUGAAGACCCAUGUAAGAGCGGCAUCUUGGCUGACAGGCAUAGCCUUGGGUUACAUCCUUCAUAGGGUUCGGCAAGGAUCAUUCAAGUGGACAAUGAGCAAGCUCACAGCGACACUUCUAUGGUUUGUGGCUGUUGGUAUGUGUGUAACCUCGGUGUACAGUGUAGCACCUUUCCAGUCCCUACAGUACCGGUACAGACCUGUCGUGGAUAGUCUCCACAUCGCACUACACAGGAACCUCUUCUCCCUCGGGGCCUCCGGGGUUAUACUGCUGUGUGUCUGCGGUAGAGGAGGGUUUGUGAGGGACUUCCUGAGUUGGCGAGGGUUCCAGCCACUAGCUACACUCUCGUACGGCGUGUAUCUGAGUCACAUGGGGCUCCAAGCUGCAGACCUCGCGAGCCUGAGGCAGCCCCUAGCCUUCGACAUGCAUACCCUGUUCACUGGGUAUUUGUCCGACUUGCUACUCGCGAACUUCAUGGCGGUCUUGAUCUUCUUGUUGGUGGAAGCGCCUUUCUGGCACAUCGGCAACUGGUUAUAUAACCCCAACACAGGAACUGGAAGAGGCACUUUGGCGGAGAAGCGUCCGGAAAAUGUCAACUUCGAAGAAGAAAAGUCAUCGCUGUAACACUCAAGAUACUGAUUUUGUUUUAUAUAUUUGUAUAUUUAUAUUAAAUGAUGUUUUUAUAAAUAUUUUAUUUACAGAAAA